AUGGAUCCAGUGGCGAAAGAUCAUACGCAAGAAAUUCCUAGCGCAGGACGGCGGUCUCUAGUAGGAUCGAGCGCUUCCUUCCGGGAUGAGGGAUCUCAAGCAUUUCGCUACAAUGAUGGCGACGAAGACGAUCAAAGCUUAAAGGAUGACGAAGCUGAUUUCAUCAAUCGACUUUUUACAACUGUUGACGCACCGUGCCGAGGCGUUUCCAUGUGCCACACAAGCUUUGAGGACAAGCUCGACCUUUUUUCGCACUGCCGGCAACCGCUUGAUUUCUGGUCAUUUCUUCGUAAACACAAUACUCAUAACGGGACGGGUGUUGAGAUGAUGCCCGCUGGUACCUACGUCGUUCCCACUUUUUGUGAGUAUUGCGGGGCCUCCCAUACUUCGCAAUGUAAGCCCAACUGUGGUCGCCCUCCUUUAUUUUUUGCGAAAAAGCGACCGCCAUUCCAAAAACCAGACUCGAAACGGUGGAAUUCCGAAACAGACGAGGAGAUUGCCCCUCAAGUGUCACGCAGUGUUCAAACAACUAAGAGCUGGGUAGCAGGUUUGUUUGGAGGGAAAGGAGCCAGCUGA